UUGCAAUCAAACCAUGGCCAAUUUGUGUUCCUAAAUACAUACAUACAGCAGUCAUGAAAAUUCCUUUACACAUUAUAUCAUUUAUAAUUCGUGUAAAAAGAAAUUGUAGCUCUAGAUAUUUUUAAUCAAAUCUCAAUCAGUGAUGUUGUAGUGCCCUGUAUUUACAAUUAUUUAGUAUAAUUGCUGUUUACAUCCUGACCUGUAUUAUUGUGUUUAUAAAACAAUGAUAUUCAGUAGCUUAUAGAAAAAAAUUGAAAAAUUAAACAAUUAAUGAUAAAAACUAAGAGAACAUUUAUAUGAUCGAAAGUGCCGAAAAUUUGUGAUGUGAUUACGAUAGACCAAAUUUUACCAAAUUUUAACGUGUAUUGUUUACACCAUCAUAUAGUUAAACAUGAUCUUCCAAACAUGCAUGUGUUACAAGGUAUGUGAGAAAAACAGUUAUGAUACAUGAUAUGCGAUACGUGGCAUACGAUACAGACCUUGUGAUGUAGGUUUUAUUUAACAUUUAUUUAAGAUAUUCUAAACAGCUCUUACUGAAUUCAUAUUUCAUUUUUUAUUCUAUUUAACACAGAUUGCAAGAACAUGAAUUGAUCCAACAAAAUUGACCGUUUUUUCUUAACAAUGGCAGAAGACGAAAAACCACACGUACAGUUGAAUAUAGGCGAUGUAGAAUGUUUACAGAUAAAAACAUGUAUAUGUGAAAGGGAAACUAAAUCAAAAUGUUUAGAAGACAAACUUAAAGCAAGGAUUGAAGAAGACGACACAAUCUUCACAAAAACCAAUAGUUAUGAAAACGCCAAGGAUAUUUUAGAGAAGAACAACAUUGUUAUUAUCGUUGGAUCAAGCGGAGAUGGAAAAUCAUUCAUUGCAAGACGACUUGUUUGGAACAAAAUAAAGGAUGGGUUAAAUUAUAGAGAAGUCACGCGUACGCCGGAUUGGGAUCAAAUAUCCUAUAACGAAAAUCAUAUUGUGUUGAUGGAAGACGCUUUUCAGAAAAAGUCAUGCUGCAGCAAGCCCAAAGCAGACUCCUAUAUGUUGAUUGCUACACUUCAGGAACACAUGGAACAUUUUAGAACAUCAGAACACAUACUGUAUGUUGUCAUCACAACACGUCCAGAUAUUUUCAGUGAACUUCAGAAGCUAUUUGAAAAUAGACCGUUCUUUGAUGAGUUUGUAACUGUUGACUUGAAUGCUAUGGGAUUAAAAUUUGCAGAAAAGGUUGAAAUUUUUCGUAAACAUGAGCAGAAAUGCAAUGGACUAAAAUUUGAUGACAAAUCUGUAACUAAAAUUUGUACAUUUGACACGCCAAGUUUUCCAAAUUGCGUCGAAAUGUUUUUCACAAAUGCAACGGCUUAUAAAAGGGGUCUUGAAUUUUUUAGAAAUCCUACACAGUUUUUGAAUACAGAGAUUGUCAAAAUUUUUCGAGAAGAUAAGGCAUUAUAUACGCUUAUGGUUUUGUUGGCAAUGAAUGAUGACAGGCUACUCGAAUGCAAUUUAUUGAAAACCAUUGAAUCAACAAACAGGGAUAUUUUGAAGGUGCUAUUAGACAGUAAUACAGAUUGUCCUAAACAAAUAAAAGCGAUGCUGCUUAAAGUCCUGGCAAAAUCACAGUCGUUCAUACAGCUACUUAAUGGAGUUGUUAAAUUUAGAUAUAAAUGCAUUUCUCAUGCUGUUUGUUCUUCGUUUGGAGAAACGAUGCCAGAAGAGGCACUGCUGUAUUUGCCGAUUGAGUUUAUUUUUCAAAAGGUAUUUGUUGACGGAAGCAAUUAUUCAAAAGACGAGGAAGGUAUUGUGUUACCAAGAAAUUGCUAUCUUUAUUUAGCAAAACGAUUAGUUGUCGAGCUCGAACGCGGAUGCAUUCAACAGGUUUGCAAACAUAAUGCCUUUAAGUCCCAAUGUUUUUCAUGUUAUUUUAUUACUCUUGUAAAAGAAAACGACAAAAAACAAAUUAGAUUCAUGCUUCAAAUAACAGAAAGAAGUCAGAAGAACUGGUCAUUAUGGAAUGGAUCUCUUUUAUACUGGAGUGCCGCCGUAGGGGAAGAGAACUUAUUGCUACGGUUACAGUACUUGCAACCUUAG